AUGGCUCAGCCUACCGCCACCAAUAUGGCCAAUCCCAGCCCAGAGGCGGCUGCGCUCACCGCCAGCAAUUACACCGUCGACAAGUCACAGAUUCCCCGUCCCUACAAAUGCCCACUCUGCUCGCGUGCCUUCUACCGUCUUGAGCACCAGACCCGUCACAUCCGCACCCACACGGGUGAAAAGCCCCACGUAUGCACCCAUCCCGGCUGCGAGAAGCGCUUCAGCCGUAGCGACGAGCUCACCCGUCACGUUCGCAUCCAUGCCAACCCCAAGAAGGGCGGUGCUCACCCCGACGACAAGAAGGCUUCCGCACGCAAGUCUGCCGGCGGCACUUCUCCUCACGGCUCCGCUCCUGCCAUCGCUUCUGCUUCCUCUAAACCUGCUCACGUCAACAACAGGCAGCUCCGAUGGCAGGUCGGUGAUGACGAGGGCGACGACAGCGAUUCCGACCGUGAGGGCAGGCACGCGGGCCGCCCCGCCCGCAAUGGCGAGAUGUCGACGCUUGCCAUGCUCGCCAGCGACGAACUCCACGAGCUCCAGCGGGCAGAGCGAGAGGGCCGCCGAUCCGGCCCUCCCUCCCACGGCUACCACCCACAUUACGCCGCUGCUGACCCUUAUGCGGAUCGAUACCACUCGCAGCCCUCCGGCAGCUAUCCUUAUGCCUCGGCAACCCCAACAUCGUCUGGCGAGACUACCCCUCCCGGAUGCUCGCACGAGGACUGCCACCGCAAGUACAACGACCGCAUCGCUUCUGCCAUCCUCGCUCGGCCUCCUUCGAAUCGACACGCAGCCGAAUGUGCCCACUCGCGCCCCUCGCCUAGCGGCUACAACGGCAGCCACCCGCCUCCCAGCCUCUACCGUUACUACCAGCACGGCUCGCAUCACGGCGCCGGUGGCUGGGCGUCCACCUCCUCAAGCGUGCCCAGCAGCGUUGAGCACUCGCCUCGAUUUUCGCCCGACGACCACCUGCACGGUGACGACUAUGCGUCCGAGUCCGAGCACGCCACUUCAUUGCACGACGACUCCAAGUCUCGUCUUGCUCUUGCCGCUGCUCCUGGCGCCGCUGGACACUCAAUGCACAGCCACUCGCGCUGGACUCCCAGUAGUAGUCCCGUUCUUGGUCCCCUCCGCAACAUGAGUCUGCUCGGCGGCAACACGGUGCCCAAUAGCCCUUACACUUCUCGUCCUGGCUCUCCGGUUCACCACUCGCGUCACGGUCAUGGUCACUCGCCUCCCCACCAUCCUCAUCACCACUCGCACGAGGGUCCCGCUCACCAGUCUGGUCUUGGUCACCACGGCUCGCACCGACACCGCUCCCACCCGUACAUGGAAUCGUCGGCUCGAUCCAGGUCGCACCACCACCUGUCUUCGCUCGGCAUGGCUCCCAUUCAGGCUGCGAUUCCUCCCAGCACUUCGGGCGAGCGCAGCACCGCUGCCGAACUCGAUUCGCAUGCCAGCGGAUCUGCAACCACUUCGGCGUCCACUUCGCCUGCCAAUCCCUCGUACAUGCCACCCAAGCUCUCGAGGAGCCACAGCUUCGGCUCGCGCAGUAAGGGCAUCCCUUCGCUCAACUCGAGCGCCAGCCUCUCGGCUUAUCACUUGACCCCAGCGCAUGGUCCCUCUGCUGAUGCGGAGCGCAGCGGUUCGGGACGACGCAGCAAGAUUGAGGAUAUUUUGGAUGGCGGCAUGGGAAGCUUGAAGCCGCACUCGUCUCGCGCGUCGUAUCCUCACUUCGUGGCGGAUCCCUCGUCGAGGACGCUACCGCCUCCUUUCCCCGCCAGCGCCUCGUCGCACAGGGAGGGAAGCCACCAUCCUCUACCCGGACACCACCACACGCAUGCCUACAACUACCAUCCUUACGGCGAUCACAAGAAGAAUGCCCGCAGCAGCUCGCGUUCGGCCCCUGCCAGCAGGUCAGGAUCUCCGCACGGCUCGCCCACUUUGUUGCACGCCCUGCCUGCCGCUGCAGUCUCGUAUCGGUCGCACAGCCGUCAGAGCUCAAUCGGCAACAGUUUCGCUGCCAGCAACGGCCUCGCCAGCAAUGAGUCGAGUCCCACCAGCGUCUACUCGCAGAUCCCGCAGAGCGGCAGCAACUCGCCUGCAGCGGGUAUUGGCCCUCAUUCUAUGGGCGGCAGCGGUUCCUCGUCGAGCGGCAGCAGGAGCAAGAAGGGUCUGGGCUUUGGCAUGACGCCCAUCCACUCUGCACACCGCGACUACGGCCCCACGCUGCCUCCUCUGGGUCAGGCGCUGUCGAGGGAGACGUCGCCCAUCAGCAUGCAUCUGCCUCCGCCCAUGAAGAGGAUUCACUCGCAUUCGGACAACAGCGUCGCUCCAGAAGUCGACAUGUCGUCUGCCUAG